AUAUCUAUCUCUGAGUAAAAAGUUCAACCCCAUUCUAAGUGGUACAGUCCAUCCCAAGAUGGCGGCUGAUUUGAAUCCUCCGGAGGCGUUCUCUCUGCCAAAACAACCUACAAACGGAACCAGAGAUGUUCCCCAACUUGUCCCACCAUCUCACUUUGAGUCCCCCCCAGUGGAGGACGCCUGGACUCAGGUCAGGAAGUUAACCAGGGAUGUGCUGGACCUCCGAACGGAAAACCAACAGCUCAGACAAGCCAGAAGUGCUGUGAUACCAGCUGGAGAGGAAAUCAGAGCCAGGGUUGACCUACACAAAUCUGGGAAUGGAGAAACCACCAGGCACCUACAAGGGAUCAUAGACAAACAGAUUAAUGACAUUGUCCACCUGAAGGCUGAGCUGACCGCCCUGAAGGCAGAACACAGUAGAGAGGUGCAGGUGCUACAGCUGCAGGUGUCAGCUCAGGACAGACAGGUGGAGGAUGCAGCUGUACAGGCCAGGAGGAGGCUGGAGGAUGCACACAGGAAACACCAAGAUGAGUUGCACAAGAUCAAAGUAGCCCAUGAAGAGGAACUGAGAGGAGCCAUGUCAUCACUGUCAGGUCUUCAGAAACAGCUGGAAGAGAGCAGGACUGACUAUGAGCAGAGGCUGGCUGAGUUAGAAGACCAGAUAUACAGGUCUGCUCUGGAGAAGGAAGAACUCCAGGAGAAAGUCAGGACGACAUCAGAUGAGUUGCAGUCCUCCAGAAGCCUGGUGUCUCAGCUGAAGGCUCAUCUCAAACAGAUGGAGACAGACAGACAGGCAGCAGAGCAGUGGAAACUGGAGAGGGGGGAGAGACUCAAGAGGAUAAAGGAUCUGGAACAACAAGUUGAGAACUUACAAUCAACUGAACAGUUGCUGAAUAUGAGGCUAACUUCCUUCACGGACAUCCUCAGUAUACAAGAAGCUGACAUCACAAAGAGCAAGUCAGAUGGUAGUGACAUGAACAAGAGGAUGAACAGCCUGCUGACUAGAUGGAGAGAGAAGGUGUAUGCCCUGAUGGUACAGCUUAUGUCACAGGAAAUAGUGCACAAAAAGGACAUAGCUAACUACAAACAAAAGAUUGCAGAUCUAGAGGACCAGCUGAACAGCAGUACCAGUCACAGCGAGGUGCUGUCCCACAUGCUGGCAGACAGGACAGCAGAGCUGGAGAUGGAGAAAACACGAGUAAAGACCCUCCAGGCAGAGGUCACCUCCGCCCAGGACACAGCGGUCAGCCUUCAGGACAAAAUGGAUGCACAAUUAGCUGCUAAUGGUCAGCUGUGUGACCUCACAAAAAGGACAUUUGAAGCAUUUGCAGCCCAGGAGGAUAAGUUACAGGCUGGAGGAUCCAAACUGACCAGUUUUUCUCAGAGGCUGAACUUUGCUGUGGGAAGACUAGAUAUGCUACAAGGGUUGUUUGCCCGCAGAGAGGCUAUGUGGAGGAUGAAAUUAGAGGAAUCAACCAAUCAGAUCAAAGAAGAGGAGGAUCAGCCUGAAAAAGAGCAUGAUGGGAUGCUUCCUUCCCAGCUACAUGAGGAGCUGGACAGAGUGAGGAGGGAGAGAGAUCAGCUGGCUGCUCAGAUGAGAGAAGACUCUCAGCUACUGGACCAGAGGAUGGCUGCAAACAAGCACAAAUUUGAAGGUCAGCUGAAGGACCAACAGGAGACAAUUGUACAGCUACACAAACUGAUGGAAGAGAAGUCACAGAAAUGCCAGUCCUUGGGUGCUCAGCUAUCACAACUGGAGGACAACAUCCAGGAGGCUAACCACACUAUUGAUGGUCUGAAAACUGAACUAGCUAAACAACAGAUAGAAGCUGAAAAAGCUGUUGAAGACAGGGGUAGGGAAGUACAGACUGGGAUGGUGGACCAGUUAGCAGAGAUGGAGAAGAGAAUGAAUGAUGCCAGAAGAGAGCACACAAAAGCAGUUGUGCAGCUGCGACAGGCUGAGCGCCAGACUAGCAGGGAGAAGGAGCGGGGACAGCAGCAGCUGCAGCUGCAGGAACAGCACUACCAGAGACAGCUGCACAAGCUGCAGGAACAGCUGAGGGAGGUGGACAGGGACAGGAACAUGGUCAUGGCUACUCUACGACAGGAGGGCCUGAUUGGUCAGUACAAGCAGCACAGGGCAGCCGCAGCCAAGGCUGUGUCCAACACACAACCACAGGGAAGUGAACUCACCACUGGGUCUGGUACUGCCGACAAACAGCAGCCUAUUGUUGCAGAACCGUUGAGCUCUGUUGUGGAGGAUCUCCGCUCGCUGACUGCAACAGUCCUGGGUGAUGAGGGGGACACAGACAGCAGUGAGGACUAAACCUACAGGACUGUACUACAAAGUUAAUAAGGAUCAUUUGUCUGAAAUAUUCAGAGUAUUCAAAUACAGGGCUUAGUCAAAAUUAGCUACAUGUAUGUCAAAAUUCUAGUAGUUUAUCAGAUUCUUGUUGUGUUUCCUUUGUACAAAAAAUUUACCACAUUCCACAAUUCCUUGUCAAUAAAGCUUUAUUUUUGGACUUUA